AUGAGAAACUUAUGCUGCGUAGCCAAAACGUCGUCGAAUCAUCAACCUCCUCUGACGUUAACUCCUCGCCAAAGCCUAGAAUCUGCGGCUGUCUACGGAGUCAUCGAAUCUGCAGCUGACAUAAUCGAGAGAUGGAACACAGAGACUUCCACUUACGCCAAAGUCACUUCCAUGUUCCACGAGAACAAACAAGAAGCCAAGUUGUUCAUCGAACGAGUCAAAGAUCUUCAGAACACAAUGGCUCUUCUUGUCAGCGAAGACGCAAACUCAGAGAGACUCGUGAGAGCUCAGAGACUGAUGCAAAUCGCUAUGACGAGACUUCAAAAAGAGUUUUACCAAAUCUUAUCAAUGAACCGUGCUUACCUCGAUCCAGAGUCAGUCUCUACACGAUCUUCACUCACUUCAGAGAGAUCCAGCUACUCAGAUUUUCUUGACGAUGAUUCACAGGCCACUGGUGAUUCAAUCGUUGAAGUGGAAGAGGCUUCAAGUAACGUCACGACGGAGUUAAGAUCAAUCGCUGAGUGUAUGAUCGUUUCCGGCUACGCGAAGGAGUGUAUAAGCAUUUAUAAAAGCAUCAGAAAGUCUAUCAUCGACGAAGGUGUGUACCGUCUCGAAGUGGAGAAGAUUAGUACGGUGAAAGCGAAGAGAAUGUCUUGGGAAGAAGUUGAGUUAAAGAUCAGAAGCUGGUUAGAAGCGGUGAAAGUCUCAAUGGAGACACUCUUUAAAGGAGAGAAGAUUCUUUGUGAUCACGUCUUUGAAACCUCUGAAUCAAUCAGAGAGUCUUGCUUUAGUGGGAUAUCUAGAGAAGGUGCUCUUCUUCUCUUUACCUUCCCGGAGAUCAUUGCUUCCAGAACAAGAAAGAAGAAUCCUCCACUUGAGAUUAUUUUCCGGCUUCUCGACAUGUACACCUCCGUGGCUGGAAACUGGCGAGCUAUUGAGUCAAUCUUCUCCUUUGAGUCUACCUCCGUUGUGAGAUCUCAAGCACUCAAGUCUCUCGUCUCACUCAGCGAGUGUAUUCGAUCACUGCUUCUUGAUUUCGAAGCAAGAAUCCAUAAAGAUUCUUCCAAGGAGGUGGUUCACGGCGGAGGAGUACAUCCUCUGACUCUCUCCGUCGUGGACCACAUCUCUCUCCUUGCAGACUAUAGUAAUGUACUUGUCGAUAUCCUUGCCGGAUCUCCUCCACCGGACAGAUCGUUGAUCCCGGAGUCUUACUUCAACGUCUCUGAUGAAUCACCGUCGUCGGAGCUAGCCAUAAGAUUCGCGUGGCUUAUCUUAGUCCUUCUCUGUAAAAUCGACCGUAAAGGGAAUUACUACAAUGACUGCUCCGUGCAGUAUCUUUUCCUAACGAACAAUCUCCAUCACGUGGUGUCACGUGUUCGUUCCUCGAACCUAAAGCAGCUUCUCGGUGACGACUGGGUCAAGAGGCAUGUUGGUAAGAUUAAGCAAUUCUCUGAUAGCUACAAGAGGCUCGCGUGGGGACCAGUGUUGACGACAUUACCAGAGAAUCGUGCGAUUGAGAUGUCUGCUGAGGAAGUGAAGGACCGGUUUGAAAAAUUCAGCGAGGGGUUCGAGAGGGUGUAUGGUAAGCAAGGUGCAUGCUUCGUACCGGAUGUAGAGCUAAGGGAGGAGAUUAAACUGUCGAUUGCGAGAAAGCUGGUGCCGAUUUAUCGAGAGUUUUACAACACAAGAAAGUCUGUUAUCUUGGCGGGAGAGGGUAGUGUGAGGAACUUGACUUCGGUUGUCAGAUUUACUCCUGAAGAUGUUGAAAACCAUUUGUCUAAUUUGUUCUCAGGAGAGGCUGUUUUGGGGAGUUCAUCGGUCUCUUCUCCUUCGUCUUGUCGGUCACGGCAAUCAACAUCGUGAAGUAAUUUUUUGUUGUCUGUAAAAAGGCAAACACUGAAUAGUGUUCAUGCUUGUACUAUUUUUUAUUACCUCAAGAGGAAGGAAUGGUUGUUGACAAUGAUAAAUCUU